CGCUUCAACACUGCAGGCUCUGUAUUUUUGGUGUCGUGCUUCACGUUUCCGCUCGGUGUCACAUUGUCCUCUACCGCUGCUGGCGAGCUGUAGGACGAACCCGCUGAAAUCAUGGUGUUCGAGGAGAAAAUGAUCCUAAACGGAGACCCAGAUGAGGAGGAAGAAGAGGAGGAGGAGGAAGAAAUGGUGGAUCCUUUAGAGACGAUCAGGCAGAAAUGUGAGGAGACAGAGCACUGUGUCCACGCGCGGGAGAAACUGGAGGCCUGUGAAACCAGAGUGGGCUCGCGGUCAGAGACCACAGAGGACUGCACUGAGGAGCUGUUCGAUUUCCUGCACGCGCGUGACCACUGUGUGGCCCACAAGGUUUUUCAUACAGUUAAAUGAACCCCAUCAGACCCUUAUCAACGCUUCUAGAUGGAUGUGCUGCUCCAGCGUCAUCUAUAGGCAGUGGUGUGAUUGCUGAUAGGUUUUUCAGUUCAGACACCCUACUGUAUCCAGCAGCUUGUCUAAUGUGAUAAUGUUCAUGCAUUGUGAAUAAAAUGUUAUGUGUACAUCUCCAAAAUAAAAAUUAGUAUAUAAUGA